AUGACAAUUACUAAGCUAGAUAAGGCUCAUGUAGCCAUAACUAUGAAGGCCAUGAAUGUAGGGGACAAUACAUCUCAUCGUCCAGGCUUCGAAAAUCGAAACUCUGAUGAAGACAUCAAUGAAUACGACGGAAGACAUUCUUCUAAUGUAGAACCCAUUCCAGAACAAGAAGGCACUAUUCCAAAGUAUAUGACUAUUAACAAUCCUCCUAGAAAUAAAUGGAGGUAUUUAUCGUGUAUAUUUCUAGGUCUCUGUGUGGGUUUCAAUGAUGCUGCCCCAGGUGCCUUGUUACCUCAUAUGGAGGUUUAUUAUGGUAUAAGUUACUCUGUAGCUUCUUUGAUUUGGGUAGCCUCAGCGACAGGGUUUAUAGUCGUUGCCUGUCUUGCUCAUAAAAUCCAGCCGUGGAUGGGAAAGAGGUAUUCUUUAACUUUGGGAUGUGCACUUGGUGUUCUCAAUUACCUAAUUGUUGGUACCGGUACCAAAUACCCUGCAAUAGUGGCCUCUUUUUUCUUCGGAGGGGCUGGUAGUGCUCUUCAAAUAGCCCAAACUAAUAUCUUCGUUUCACGAUUGGACAAAGCUUCCACUUAUCUUUCCUUUUUGCACGGUGCAUAUGGAAUUGGUGCAACAAUUUCUCCCUUAUUAGCUACUUCGAUUGUUGCAAGAGGAGUGACAUGGCAUUACUACUAUUUUGUUCUCAUGGGUAUAAUGUUCCCUAAUAUGAUUGCAAUCUUCUAUGCGUUUAAAAAUUCUGAUGAAGAUUUGAAACCCUGGGACGAAGAUCCUAAAGAUUUAGCUGUCUCUUAUACAGCAGAUGAGAGAUUGCGUGGUGAAGAUGUUAUAGAAAUGACGGACAUUAAUGCUACUCAAGAAUAUCCCCAAUCUCACCAAAACUUGAUGCUCCUUGCACUUAAAACUCCUACUACUUGGCUCAUCUGCUUUUUUGUUUUAUUCUAUCAAGGUGCAGAGGUCGCUAUGGGUGGUUGGAUAGUUUCAUUCUUCCUUGAUUAUCGCCAUGGAAACCCGAAGUACGUUGGAUAUACAGCUUCAGGUUACUGGGGAGGCUUGACUAUUGGAAGGCUAUGUUUAACCAAGCCUUUACACAAAACUCUUGGGGCUAGAAGGUCUGUUCUAGUUGUCUCUUGCGGAGCUAUGAUACUUGUAGCCCUUGUAUGGGCUGUCCCCAACCUCAUAGCUGAAGCAGUCUUGGUAGCAUUUGCAGGUAUGAUGACUGGGCCAAAUUACCCAUUGCUUGUAGUGUACACUGGACAUGAUGGCUUAAUUCCUAGAAAAAUUCAAGUUAUCACUCUUACUAUUAUGUCAGCUUUUGGCUCUUCUGGGGGUGCAAUUUUCCCUUUCAUUGUGGGUUUGAUUUCUCAAACGACUGGAACAUUUGUUGUUUUGCCUAUAUUUAUCAUAUUGUAUUGCUUGGUUAUUGUGAUGUGGGCUUGUCUCCCAAAUUUGGAAAGAAGAAAUUCUACUCCGUCUAAGAGUUCGAUAUUGAGAUUGUGGGAAAGAAUUUGGUAG